CACAGGAUCCCUCUGGUGCCCCAGUUUCAUAGGCUGUUUUUGUUUUUUGGCCUCUGUGAGCUUGGACUUAAGCCACAGCACAUUGUGUUUUUCUCCCCUCUUCUUGCCCCUCUUUUUGCAGGCUACUUUUUCAAAGCAUCCUGCAAAACGGCUCUACAGGAUUAAAGGCAAGAAUAUAGAAGCUAACGAGAAGAUUGUGGGCUGGUGGAUCCUGGGCAUAGCUGGAGAAGGAACCCAACGCUUCAAAGUGGAACUCUUCCAUGUAGCCAGUUACAAGAGAUGGAGCCAUUAAAAGAAAAGAUCGUCUUGAACAUUGGGGGUCUCCGAUAUGAGACCUACACCAGCACCCUCCAGGCUCUCCCUGGAACCAAGCUCUGCCACCUGACGGAGCCCCAGGCAGCCACCACCUUUGACUACGACCCGGACACCAAGGAGUUCUUCUUUGACAGAAGUUCCUGCCUCUUUGAGGAGGUGCUCAACUACUACAGGACGAAACAGCUUCACUGCCCCGACUUGAUCUGCAAGUCAGUCCUGGAUGAGGAACUGGCCUUCUGGGGGCUCAGCAAUACCCCCCUGUCACCCUGCUGUUGGCAGAAAUUGACCAUUGCUGAGGGGCAAAAGGAAGAGUACGGCAUCUGGGAGGAAGACCAAGAUGUCGCUGGGCUCCUGGACCAGGCAGAAAGGAACCACAGCAGCUGGCAGGGCCGAUGGCAGACCAGAAUCUGGACUGUGUUUGAAAAGCCCUUCUCCAGUUUAAGCGCAAAGGGCCUGGCUGCUGUGUCUCUGCUCUUCAACAUAGGAAUAUGCAUCCUUUUUAUUGCCGAAACUUAUGAACAUUAUCUUUCUGUUCAUAUCACGGAAAACCACAGCAAUUUUACUGUCUUUCACUCUGAAGUUGACUAUUUCAUUUACAUACACUUCUCUUAUCUCCUUUACUUGGAACUUUUUUGCGUCCUCUGGUUCACGCUUGAAUUUUUUCUGCGACUCAUAUCCUGUCCAAAUAAGAAGAAAUUCCUCCAAAGCCCACUGAACAUGGCCGAUUUCCUCUCCCUCUUCCCCAUUUACAUUGACGUUUCCUUGAAAGGAUAUCCCACAAGCAAUUGGCAUUUUGCAUUCUGGUUGGGCUUUUUCCGUGCCCUGUAUUUCUUCAAACUCUUGAAGGUUCUGAAGCUGGUGGAGACUCCUGUGACGCUGAAAGUGCUAUCCUAUACCUCCAGGGCCACCAUCAGAGAGAUCAUCACCCUCCUCAUGAUUUUUUUCUUUGAAAUCCUUUUCUUUGGUUCUCUUGGUUAUUUUGGAGACUUAACUGAAGACAGUCCAGAAACGUUUUUUACUGACAUUGGCUCAUCUUUCUGGUGGGCAGUGAUCACCUUGACUACUGUAGGUUAUGGAGAUGUUCAUCCCAUCUCUACAGCCGGUAAACUGAUUGGAGCGUGCACAGCACUAUGUGGUGUACUAACCAUUAUCGCCCCAAUUCCCUUCUUUUUCAUCAAAUUCAAGGGCUAUUAUGAUGCUGCCAUGAUCGUAGAGAAGAGAAAGAGUAAAAAGAAACAAGCAUUCACCUUGCCAUCAUGAUGAAUGGGCAGGAUGCUUCCAAUGUUUCAUCAGAAAAGGCCACGUCCUUCCGAACGUCCUGCUUCUGCUCAUUCCACACUGCCCCGUGUGCCUUCCUAUCUGGAUGGUUAAUGCUUUUAUAGAGCCACACUCCAUCUGCCCACAUUCCUGGAAGUUUACCCCAGUGGACAUGAUCAUCCCCAUGCAAGUCUUAUCUUCAAGAUGUUUCCAAGUAACUUUUGUAAAGUUUCUUGCUUUCCACAUAAAUAAAUUUACUCAUAGCCUG